GCCUUGCGCCGCCGCCGCAUCCAUUCCAGCGGCCGGCCCCUUCCCGGCUCCCAGCAUGCCGCGCGGCGCGGCGCGCUGCCAUUGGCUGGAUUUGAAUAGAGCCCGCGGCCGGUUCGCUCUGAGCCGUCCGCUGCUCCCGGGGCAGGAUGGACCCAAUUUGGGAUGAAGAUAAAUUUUUCAGACCAUCCUACGUUACAAGUGCUGAGCUGCCUCAAAGAACAGGACCAGUAAGUGUGGAAGAUAUUAAAGCAGAUCUCUCUGAUGAAUUUUCAUUGGUUUCAUCAAGCUCUGAUACAAGCCAGAGGAGCAGUUUGGAGUCUAAAGGACACAUUGAAGUUUGCCUGCGUGUUAGGCCAUUUACAUUAUUGGAAAAAGAAAAUGAAUCACAGGACUGUUUUUUAGUGGAGGAUUCAACAAGUAUUAUACUGAAGCCCCCUAAAAAUUCCUUGAAUCGACUGAGUGAAAAAACUGCUGGGCAGCAGAUACAGAAAUUCACUUUUUCACAGGUUUUUGGACCUGAAACAACUCAAGAAGAAUUCUUUGAAGGUACAAUGAAGCAACCAGUGCAAGACUUCUUAGAAGGAUAUAAUCGUCUUAUUUUUACAUACGGUGUUACAAAUGCUGGGAAAACAUACACGUUCCUAGGAACUGAAGAUGACAUUGGUGUUCUGCCAAGGACUAUGGAUAUGCUGUUCAAAAGUAUUCAAGGAAGGCUAUACCCAGGAAUGGAUCUCAAACCCCAUCGAUGUAGAGAUUAUGUAAAGCUGACUAAAGACCAAGUGAGAGAAGAAACUGCUAUUAAAAACUCUCUACUUCGUCUAACAAAAGAGGUAGAGCAUCAAAAUACUGCCAACAGCAAAGCACCAGUUGAUUCUAAGGACUUGGAAGAACCCUUAAAAGGACCAGAACAAUCUAGCACAACAGUGGAAAAUUACUUGAAGUUCUCUGUUUGGGUAUCAUUUUUUGAGAUAUAUAAUGAAUGUUUUUAUGAUUUACUGGUUCCUAUAUCAAAUGACAAGAAAAGAAAAACACUCCGCCUGGCUCAAGAUGUCAAGGGAUGUCCUUAUGUAAAAGAUCUGCAAUGGGUUCAGAUCUCUGAUUCCAGAGAAGCUUUUAGACUUCUGAAACUGGGGCUGAAACACCAGAGUAUUGCAAGUACAAAAUUAAAUACUUCCUCCAGCAGAAGUCACAGCAUAUUCACAGUUAAGGUACUGAAAAUUGAAGAUUUUGAAACACCCCGGGUGACGCGAGUCAAUGAAUUGUCACUGUGUGAUCUUGCUGGUUCAGAAAGAUGCACCAAGACACGUAAUGAAGGUGAUAGAUUGAAAGAGAGUGGAAAUAUAAAUACCUCUCUCCUGAUUCUAGGCAAGUGUAUUAAUGCACUCAAGAACUGUCAACAGUCAAAGCUGCAGCAGCACAUACCAUUUCGGGAAAGUAAGUUAACUCAUUUUCUUCAAGGAUUCUUCAGUGGAAGAGGGAAAGUAUACAUGAUAGUAAACAUAAGCCAGUGUGCUUCAGCAUAUGAUGAAACACUCAAUGUGCUGAAAUUCUCGGCCAUUGCACAAAAAGUUUUAGUUAUGGACACAUCUAUUCUUCCCCAUGAUCAGUCAUUUGGCCAGAAAUUGGUAAGAGAAUCAUCACUACUAAGUGAUGCUAAAAUUCCUAUUCCGAGGAAAAGAGCUACUAUUCUAUGGGACCGGAGCGUAGAAGAUGGGAUCGAAGAUGAUAAUGAUGAGAUGGAGGAACAUCAUAAUUUGGAAAGAGAAGAAGAAGAGCAGAGACAUGAUGAAAAUCAAGUCCUUAUUGGAAAAGAAGAAUAUACAGCACUGCUGAGUCUUAUAAAAGACUUGAAGAACAAACUUAAUACUGAAAAGAAAAAUAAGCUAGUGCUGGAAUUAAAAGUUCGUGAAGAAAUGGCACAAGAAUUUUCCCAAUACAUGGCUGAGUGGGAAAUAAAUUUCAUAGAGUGUCUUUCUCAUGAACGUGAACGGCUCGAAGAAAAUUCUGAAAGGCGUCUGGAAAUCUUCAAGGAACUUGUAAAUGGUUAUACUAAAAACCCUGAUGAAGAAGAGAAAUUCAAGGAUCAGUCUUGCAGUGAACAGGCUGGACCUCUGGAUGGAGAAUAUAGCGUAGUGCCAGGCACCUGCAUUGAUCUUGAGGGCAUUAUUGAUUCUCUGCAGAAUGAUGUCAUUGAUAUUAAAAAGCAGGCAGAAGCAGCACAUAGGUACAUUGUGUCCCUAGAGGACCCACAGGAAGCUGUAGGUUGGCUUGAAAACCAACUGGGAAAAAUUACCACUGAACUAACGAAGACCAAAGAAGAACUGACAAAGAAAACCACUGAACUAACCAAAGCCGAAGAAGAGCUGACACAGAAAAACAGGGACCUUGAAAUGCAGAUGACUAAACUGGAUGAGUCUGCUGAGCAACUUAAAAAAGCAACUGAGAAAAUGAAUACACAGAAUACAAGGAUUCAAGAACUAAUGGACAUUGUGGGGCAAAAGGAUGAUGUUAUUACAAGGCUACAAGAUUUAAUAUCCCAUUUAGAAGAAACUGUAAAAGACUAUGACAAGACUGUAACUAGCAUUAAAAGAAAAAUGGCAGAGGAGAGCUCUAACAAAGUAGCUGAAAGCAGUCAGGUAAAGGAAUCUGAGGAAACUGUAUUGGAAGUGGGAAGAAAGCGUUCAUUAGGAAAUGAACCUACUGUGGAAGAAGAGCCACCUACAAAGAAAGGAGUUGUGAAAGACAGUUGGGAAGAUCUCUCGAUAGAGCGAGAAAGAACUGAGCACGUGAACCAAAAUAGUUAUGACAAACAUAUGGAAACGCUUGCACUGAAGGAAAGAGUUGAAACCUUGGAGAGUCAGAUAGCUGCGCUUGAACAACAAUGCAGAAGAGAAGAAAAUGAAAAAGAAGAGUUCAGUGAGCAGGUAACAAACUUGCAACUUCAGCUCUCCCACUCUGAAGAAAGGGCAACUGGCUUGAGUGAAGAGCUUCAGCAGUAUCGAACUGACUAUCAGCAAAUUGUUUCUGAAUUGGAUAAACAGAAGACUAUAAAUAAGGAGAAAGAAGAAAAGAUUCUUCAACUAAAAAAGGAAGUAGAAGAUGCCAAACAAAAUAUAACUGAUAAAGUGUCACAAAUAAAAACAAUGCAGUCCAAAGUAGAUAAGCUAUGUAAAUCUCACUUAGAGUCUCAUGCUAUGGAUUUAGUUGAUCUAAAGGAUUCCUUAGAUUAUGAAAAAGAGGAAUCGGAGACAUCUCAAAUUAAUUCUAUGUAUAUGCAGUCCCAAACGACUUCUAUAGCAGAUCCAAGAUGGGAGAGCUCCUUUCACUACAGUGUUGAAAGCAUUUGGGAAGAAUGCAAAAGUAUUAUUAAGGCUUCCUCGCAGAAAAGUCAGCAGAUCAAAGAACUAGUUCAAGAAGUUGAAAACUUAAAGAAGGGACUCGAGGACAGUGAAAACUGUAAUAAUCAACUAAAAGUAAAACUAAGUGAGAUGACAAAACAAGAUAGUCAGUCCAUAAAGGAAAAGGCUCUUAUGGAUCAGUUAAAAGAGCAAAUCCAAAAGAAAACUCAAGAUUUUGAAAAACGGGCUGCAGAAGAUCAUAGAGUAAUUACACAAUUUGAGGAGGAAGUUACAAGUUACAAAGUAAAAAUAAGAGAACUUGAAUGCCUCUUAGAAGCUUUUCAAAAAAAAGAAGACAGCAUGACAAAGUUAGAAGAAAUACUUAAACAAAAGGAAUCUAUUAUUUUAAAUUUAGAAGCUAAUACAGUAGCUCUGCAAGAAAAAUGUGCUAAUUCAGACCAAAAAAUCAAAGAGUUAUAUAGUCAAGAAGCAAAUUUGAACGAAGAAGUUGUGCAGUUGACAAACAGCUUGGAGAAGAUGAAACACUCUCUUUGGGAAAAGGAGAAAUAUGAAAACGAGAGAACACAGUCCAUAGAACUACUAAAUAAAGAUCCCUUGGAUAGUUCUGCCCUUGUACAGAGUUUGAAAAAAGAUUUGCAGAGGAAAGAGGAAGAUUAUGAAGAUUUGAAAGAGAAAUUUUCUGAUGCUAAGAAACAAAUCCAGCAAGUACAAAAAGAGGUGUCCACAAUGCGUUCCGAAGAGAAAUCCCUGAGGAACAAAGUUAAUGAACUUGAAAAAAUCAAAAAACAGUUGAGUGAAGAACUGGAUAUCAAACAGCGUGCUAUCCAGCAAUUUAAAAGGGAGCAGUUGAGUAAUGAGAAGCUGGAAGAAGUCUCCAGACAGUAUGAGAAUACACGUAAAGAACUCAGUGCAAAAGAAAAAAUAAUUGAAGAUAUGCGGAUGACAUUAGAAGAACAAGAGCAGACUCAGAUUGAACAAGAACAAGUACUUGAAGCCAAACUAGAAGAAAACAGCAGAUUAGUUUCAGAAUUGGAAAUGUGGAAGCAGAAAUAUAUGCAGCUGAAUAACCAGAGCAAUACUGAGUGGCAGCCAAAGAUGACCAGAAAUGAUGACACAAACAUAAAUGGAAAUGAGGAAUUAAUAAAGCUGCAGAAAGAACUGAAGGAAAAUGAGGCGAAGUAUCAAACUGACAGAAAAAAGUGGAUGGAAGAAAAAAAAGGACUCAUAGAUCAAGUAAAAGAAGCUGAGAGCCAUCGCAACAGAGAAAUGAAAAAAUUUGCUGAGGACAGAGAGCGUCAUAUAAAGCAGCAAGCCGAAAUUGAAAGACUUGCUGCACAGCUGGUGGAGAAGGACAGCGAUCUUAGUAAGUGGCGUGAAGAGAGAGAUAAAUUAGUAGAAGCUUUGGAAGUACAGCUCAAGACUUUGGCUUCUAAGACCAUACAAAAAGAUAAAGAAAUAGCAGAACUGAAACAGUCUGUCCUAAAGGAUUCGGGAAAGGAUAAUGAAACUGUGAUAGAACUAAGAAAACAGUUGGCUGAUAAAGAGGACUUCAUAAAGGAAUUGAAAAAAUGCAUUAACCAUGAAAGCCUUCAGUUUUCACCAGAAGUACCUUUACAUGAAGAAAGUCAAGAUACAGUGGAUUUACCUGUAAACAAAGAGUUUAUGAAGAAACGGAGUGAGAUUAAUCCAAUCACUGGAGACACUGUUCCAAUAAGACAUGAAGUUAAGGAGAAUGAUUCCAACAGUGCUUCUUCAUUAAGUGAAACUGAGGAGCAUUCAGAAACUGUCCUUGACUCUUCUGAAGUGUCCACAGAAAAUGGAAGAACUAGUCGGUUCCCAAAACCAGAGAUGGAAAUCCAGUUCACACCUCUGCAACCAAAUAAGAUGGAAGUAAAGCAUCAGGGCAGUGCCUUACCUGUGACAGUUAAAAUGCUCAAAACAAGAAGGAAAAGGAAGAGUGACGAAAUGGAUGAGGAUUUUGUGAAAAGUGAAAACAAGAAAAAUGAAAAAUCUAUGGCUUUUAGCUCACCUUCUACAAGCAACAAGAAAAUGGUGUCUACUACACAGACGUCUAGAAAAGAAUAUUCUCUAAGAAAGCAAGAAUCUACAUCCAACAAAAGGUCAGCUAGAAAAAAGGAUGGAACACUACAAAGGCUUGGAGGCUUUUUUCAGAGUUCUCCUACUAUUAUUCAUUCUAAAGCAAAGAAGCUGAUGGCAACAAUAAGCUCUCCAAAGAGCUCUCCGAAGUCUUCAGAACCAGAAAGUCUCAAAGAAAAUGAGAUCAAGCCCAAAAGAGCUAAGAGAAAGCUGUAUUCAACUGACAUUUCCUCCCCUCUAGAUAUCUCUGCUUCUUCAAUUUUUAUAGAACAAAAUGAGAAGGAAAGUGAUCAUCUAAUCAUCAAGCGACGUCUCCGAUCAAAACCAGCUAAAUAAUCUUGCAGAAGCAUGAUUGUACUUCCUAGUCAAGGCAUGCUUUAUUGUAUUAUUUUAGCUGAUUGUAUAUAGGAGGUGAUAGAUACUUUGUCACGCUACUAAGCUUGUAUAUAGAUAUGUAGAAUAUUCCUGAUGGUUUCACACUUUGACUUAAUUAAAAUUGAAAUAAGCUCAAGAAAG